CCUAAUGAUUACACUGCUCAUUAGAAGGAUAGUCUACUGCAUUAAAAUUGUAAGACCCUAAGAAAAAACUAAGGCUAGCAAAUCAAUAAAGAGUUCUAUUUACCUCACACCUACUCAAAUUGAAUUUUGGAAUACUAUGUUUCCCAUAAGACACUAGUAUUAAUCACCCUAUCAACCCAAAAAGCAUACUAAAGUAGAGCAGAAUUUCAAAAGCUGCCUAAAUGUCCCACUAAAACAGAAGAAAAAGAAAACACUAAUGAUUCAAAAGCUCCCAACAAAAAGUGAAGGAAAACCCACACACAAUUCAACUAGAUUCCUCAACAUUACAACACCACAUGUGAAUAAAGCUACUAGUACUCCACUCCAAUUAAAAAUAAAUAAAAUCAUUCCCACAUCAAUAAAUUUGCCAUACAUUCAUCAAGUAACCAAAGAAACAUCACAAACACAACACAAAAAUGCCAAAAUUAUUCACUACCCUCCAUCAUCUAAUAAUUCUAUCAUCAGCAGCAGCAUAUCUAAUCACCCCAUCAACUUCUUCCAACAACAACACAUGCCGAUCCUACUGCGGAAACAUAACAAUAGAUUACCCAUUUGCCCUCCAAUACGGUUGCGGCCACCCAGGCUUCCGUGACUUACUCUUCUGCAUCAACAAUGUUCUCAUGUUCCACAUAACCUCAGGUUCCUACAGAGUACUCCAAAUCGAUUACGCAUACCAAUCUCUCACACUUCACGAACCACACAUGUCCACGUGCGAAACACUCGUGUUAGGAACAAAAGGCAACGGCUUCAUAAUCGAACCAUGGCGAGCCCCAUACAUGAACCCAACACCCGACAACGUUUUCAUGCUCAUAUCCUGCUCUCCUCGUUCGCCUCUGUUCCAAGGCUUCCCUGGGAAACACUUGCCGUGUAGAAACGUUUCGGGUAUGGGGUGCGAAGAGUAUUACAAUUGUCCGGGUUGGGAAUCGAUGGGCCGUAAAAGAAUGGGCUCUUCGUUUUUUGGGUCCGGCCCACCAGAGUGUUGUGCGGUGCCGUAUGAGGCUAUUAAAGGGAUUAAUCUAACAAAGCUGGAGUGUGAAGGGUAUAGUAGUGCUUAUAGUGUGGCACCGUUGAAAGUUGACGGGGCUGGUGAUUGGUCUUAUGGAAUACGUGUGAGAUAUUCGGUUCAAGGGAGUGAUGAGUUUUGUGGAGCGUGUGAGGCAACUGGUGGCACGUGUGGGUAUGGUUUUGAUGGGAUUAGGCAAGUUUGUAUGUGUGGGAACUUUAAUUCAACCUCCAAUUGUGAUUCAGUGGGCUUAUUAUCAUCGGGAGCAAGGUCUAUGAGGUUGAAAAUGUUUUCAGGAAUUUUUACCUAUAUGCUAGCAUGGAUGACACUGACAGUAAACUGGAUUUGAAAACUAUAUCUUAUAGUACGCGAGAUUAUUAUCAUCAUAAACUGGGUUAUGUAUUGCACAUUGUAAAUGCUACUAGUAUUUUUUUAAUUUUUUUUUAAUUUUGCUGAAGAACAUGCACAUAUAAAUAUAAUGAAUGAAGAGAGUUUUGAUUUGUAUCCCUUAUAUGAAAGACCUUGGAAGGCUUGCUCGAAAAUAUUAUUCAAAAGCGCAUGUAUAUGACAAUUAUCACUUGUCUAGCUAUAUUCUUUGAUUUA